AUGGCAAUUUUCAGUGCCCCCGUGUUCUUUAUUAUUUUCCGCGAGACGACGGAGGCUGCCAUCAUCGUCUCGGUUCUCCUCACUUUCGUAAAGCAGGUCAUUGUUGAUGACGCUGCUCUCCUUCGCCGCCUCAAGUGGCACAUCUGGAUUGGUGUGCUUGUUGGUCUCAUCAUCUCGCUCAUUAUCGGUGGAACAUUCAUUGCUCUCUGGAACUCCUUGGCCAAGAACGUCUUCCAGAGCAGUGAAGAGAUUUGGGAGGGUACCUUCGCUUUGAUUGCCUGUUUUAUGAUUACCGCUAUGUCCUUGGCCAUGUUGAAGUCCCAGGAGUUGCAGGAGAAGUGGCGCGGAAAGUUGGGCCAGGCCAUGCAGCAUGCCGAGGAGAAGCGCAGCAUGUCCACGCUUACCGGCAAGUACGCCCUUUUUAUCCUGCCCAUGAUCACCGUUCUCCGUGAGGGUUUGGAAGCCAUGAUUUUCGUUGGUGGUGUUACUUUCGAUGCUGAAGGAAAGGCUAUUCCUCUUGCUGUCGUUGUUGGUUUGCUUGCUGGUGCCUUGGUUGGUUUCAUUAUCUACCGUGGAGGAAGCCGUCUCGCUCUUCACCGUUUCUUCGUUGCUUCUACCUGCUUCCUUUUGUUGAUCGCCGCCGGUCUCUUCGCUAAGGCCAUCAACGCCUACGAGAUGGAUAAGUGGGGCAAGAUUGUUGGAGGUGAUGCCGAUGAUGCCGGCACAUACGAUCCCCGCGGCAACGUCUGGGCCCUCAACUACGGUGACCCCAACCAGCCCGAGAACGGUGGUUGGGCCUUCUUCAACUCCAUCCUCGGCUGGAUGCACGUUGCUUCCGUCGGAACCAUCACCGGUUACUGCGUCUACUGGCUCGUUGUCAUCCUCUCCAUCGUCUUCAUGAAGAUCAGGGGUAACCGCGCUCGUGCAGCCGCCGCCCAGAACACCUACGCCAACGAGAAGGUCGUCGAGAAGACCGAGAUCUAA